AUGCAGCGGCUGGAAGGUUCGAGUCGCCGGAGCCUACCUAUCGCGGUACCGAUAUCAUCGAUUAAGGCUCAACACAAUUUUUUAAUGCAUCCAUCCAAGGGUCGUUUCUCUUUCUUGUUUUCUUCCUAGGAUUGAUUUUCUAAACGUUUCGCUAUAGUAAUAGUACUAUCUUCCUAAGAGAAGAAAAAUACAACAAAGAGAAAGAAGUGCUGACUUGUUCUCUUUGUUUUCUUCUUCGACGAGAAGUGCAGGCUCAGGCAAGGAGUGAGUCAAUAAUUUUUUUGGGUUCUAAUUUGACGCGGCACCUCGUCCUCGUCCUCGUCGUCCUGCUCCUGGUCCUUUCAACAUGGAUUUGCCCCUGCAUCUACCUAAGUUUGAAGAUGAGACGAACAAACAGAACCAGAGAAACUUGUUUUCUUGGAGCGAAAAAGAAAGCAAGGACGAUAAAGACUGGAGAAGUGUCACUGAGCCUCUAAAUAAAGGGGACCGAGUGAACACACGAAUCCUUGGUCAUGAUGACGAGAGCGAAAGCGAUCACCAUGCUGCUAUCUUUGGAGUCGGACAAGAUCAUCAUGGGACAAUCGGUCGACAACAAGCACAUCAACACCCAAUCGACGCUCAUAUCGAUGUCAG